AUUGUAUAAUAGAAAGGAAAAGGCCAAAAAUAAAAUAAAACAAUAGAAAUUAAGGUUGGCAUAGUACCGGACAAACUAAACCAAACCAAACCAAACCCUCGACAGAUGACAUGCAGUAAUUUCACAACUGUAAGUCAAGCGCAGUUGGAAAAUUUCUGUUAUAUUGCUCUACCCCUCACUUGGGCACCUUGAGCUGCCCUCUCUCUCUCUCUCUCUCUCUCUCUCUCUCUCACUCUCUCUCUCUCUCUCUCUCUCUCUCUCUCUCUCUCUCACUCUCUCUCUCUUGCUGUUAGAAGAAGAAGUUGAAUAUCAGAAAGAAGAAUGAGGAAACCUUGCUGUGAGAAGAAAAAGACGAACAAAGGAGCAUGGUCCAAGCAAGAAGAUGAGAAGCUCAGUCAGUAUAUUCAAAAACACGGCGAAGGUAGCUGGCGCUCCAUACCACUGGCUGCAGGCUUGCAUCGGUGUGGAAAGAGUUGCAGACUGAGAUGGGUAAAUUAUCUAAGGCCAGACUUGAAACGUGGCAACUUUGGUGAGGAUGAAGAGGACCUCAUUAUCAAGCUCCAUGCACUUCUUGGAAACAGGUGGUCAUUAAUUGCUGGAAGAUUGCCCGGACGGACUGACAAUGAAGUGAAGAAUUACUGGAACACUCAUCUAAAGAGAAAACUAAUACAGAUGGGAGUAGACCCAAAUAACCAUCGGAUAGGGCACAAUUUUGGCCACACUAAAUCAUUUGGCUCCAGGAUUAAUACAAAUGAUCAGCCAAGUGUAAAUUCUCACUCUGAUGAUCCAUUGUUAGAUUCUACAAGUGAACCCGAAAGCAACACAAGCUGCAGUGCUUUGCCCGACCUCAAUCUUGAUCUCACUAUAGGCCUUCCAAUUUCAUUGGGAUAUUGAUAUUAGUCAAACAUUUUGUACAAGGCUUGGUUAUGAUUCUAUUAUUUUCUGCCACGCAUUGCUGGGAAAGAAUAUUGUCAUAGCUGAGGGCUAGAGACAAGGUGAAAUUAAUAGUUCAAAUAGAUAGCUUCGUCAUGCUAGUAUGUUUUUCUUCUUUAUUUUUCACUAAUUAGUUUAUGCAAAUAGGUUGAGCUUGUGCAGUAAAAUCUUCGAAUUUUAAUCUUCUAA